AUGCCACACGCUCCGAUCUUUCACCUCGGUCUUAUUUCCUUAGGGAAAGGGCUACUUGUUGGCUGGAUCCCCUCCCCCCAUUAUAAGCAAGGCAGACUUGAGAAUCAGGAAUUAUGCCUCAACACGUCAGUCAGAUCACGUCAUGGAGAGGCUGAGGAGAACAUCGGUAUGAUCAUGCCAAGCGAGGGGUGGCAGCCAGAAGAAUCAAAGGACAUGGGUCUCGUUCUCAGCUCACAUCAACGGCUCAGCCAUCGAGACCACCUCUUCACCAACCAAGUAACUCCAGGAACUGUGCCGAAAGCCGAAGAAGAUGAUUCCAGUCAACCGAGCCCUUGCUUAGGAUCAAAUUGCGGUACACUGCCCCGAGAACUCUACGACGUGGGUUUGAUCCGCGCAUACACGAGGCACAUUUUGAGGAGGAGUCCGUCUCAGGAUGCGCCGGCUCUGUCGUUCACCUUUAACAUUACGGAUAAUUAUAUUGGGUUGGCAAGUGAUCCGAUAACCGAUAGAAAUACAUUAUGGAUCAUCUUCAAGAGAGAGAGGUUGGAUCAGUGGCGAGAUUCACAGAGAGUACUGUGCGGUCAGAAUCGCAACUUCAUCAACCGCAACUGGACUUUUCAUCUGCAAGCUCAAGGCAGCCGACCAGCGUCUCUACCAGAGUUUCAAAACGAAUGA